CCUUCUCCGUUGGGUUGAAAUAUGCCCGGAAAACUCAUACUUCAAGCCAGCCUACCCCCGAAAGCCGACGCCGUUGGGCGCUACCGUUCCCAUUAGAACAAUCCACCUAGACAGACGGCAAAACGACCCCACUACUUGCUGCCAAUAACACGCUGCCAUCCGCUCUGCUUGCUCCAUCAUUAUUCCCGAUCGAGGGUUCCAAAGUCACGCCAUGCUGUGUCGGUCGCGAUUUUUUGUUUUGUUUUACGUCGAAGCCUUCAGUCAGUCUCCGUGUAAAAAUGGGCAAAAUCGUGAUUUGCACAGGGUUGGCUGGAAUUCUAGCGCACCAGCUGUGGUGGGGAACUACCCAGCUGGGAGGCUGGUUUGCACCAAAUCGCACACGAACAAUCGCGAUCGCCGUCACCACCACCAGAGCCGUCGAAGUUGGGUUGAAUGGGAAAAAUGCUUCUCGCUUAGAUGUUGAGAGUAUCGUCGCGAAAAGCCGCCAUCACUGAGUGGGGGAAUGGUUGCAGCAGUUCGGCAUGAUAAUAUGGGGCUUGGUGUGGACCGAGGCCCAGUCGCUGGGCUGUGCGCUAGCAUAUCCCGCCAAGUCAGGUGAGUUCGUCGUCGCACGAUCGACGCGUUGAUGAUUGUGGCGUGUUGGGUGCUGGCCCGGUGUCAUAAGUUUAGUAGACUGCGCCGCUUUUAGACGCUAGAGUGCAAAGCCACGUUCGUUGGUAGAACGAACUACGUGUUUGUGUGUGCGCUUUAGCCUUUAACUCAGUAGGCCGUGACCGUCAGGCCAGUUUGCAAGUGCGAUAGAAUGCAUUCAUGGGGGGCACAUGGUAGCCAACUUCCGGAUGCUGCGCUUCAUAGAGCGUGCUAAAUACGGCACCAUUAAUGGAAGAUGCGGUUCUGAUCAGUAAGUGCAGUGGUUUCACAGCUGGAAUUGUGCUAGUCGUUCCUCCGAGUGCGGAAGCAAACAACGUGUGAGGUUAUACGGAGUGCAUCCACAUCUAACCUCAUGUACGAUGGCAUCCAUCGCUGUGUUGCGCUUGCUUAAGUGUGUGAUUGUGAUAUUUGCCCUGAGCUUACCCGUCGAUUGUGCCGUCGUACGACAGUAUACCUGUGACAGUUACUUCCAAUCCUGGUGCCAGCUGCACAAUGCCACUGUACAUAUGGACACGGAUGUGCAGGCGAGUGUGUUCCCCCGCGUACGGCAGCUCGGCUUCAUUUACGGUUCCAUCGGCAACUUCACGCACACGUUCAACAACCAGCUGUUCAAGGCGGGAGUACUACGGGUGUUCGCACGGGGCACCCGGGUAACGACACUCACCAUGCCCAGCACGAUCGAGCAGCUCUAUCUGCGCGACAACGGUUUGCGGACGGUCGAAAUCGACCCACGGGCACGGUACAUCGUGCGCUACCUCCGGCUGCAGAUGAAUAAACUUCGCUCGAUCGCACACUUCGAACAUCUUACGCAGCUGCACGAGCUCAAUCUGUGUGACAAUUUGAUCGAAGCCGUACCGCUGGAUACGUUUGCCACCAUGCCAGCGCUGCGCCAGCUGAUCCUGUGCGGCAAUCACAUCAAGACGCUCGGUACUACGCCAACCGUAAUCCAGCUGCCCGCACUGACGCACCUAGACCUCGGUGGCAACUUUCUCGCAAGCCUCCCGCUCGAACGGUGGCAGCUGCCACAGCUGAUUAACCUAAGCGUGCGCGACAACCUGCUAACCACACUGGACAGUGGGCUGCUCGUGUGGCGGUUUCCUCUGCUACGCAUACUGGACGCAUCGGCGAACGCACUCGAUUGCCAUUCGUACCACCAAGCACUGCAAACGUUUGUGAAUCGUUCCGUGGUGCAUCUGAUCGAUCGGCGCAUGUGCAGCGUGGACGAUGCGAUCGUGCUGGAUGCGGAGGAAAUGCGCCGUCCCAAUGGCAUCAAACCGGCGGCGGCGGAGGGUAAUGGUCCGCUGGAGGUACGCCAUCUGAAGGAACGCAUCUUUCUGCAGCAGCGCACCAUACAGCAGCAGCGGAUGGAAAUUGAGCAGCUGCGCGCCAACCUGACUACGCUGAUGGAGCAGUUCGAUCUGGUGGCUGGACCGGCAAGAGCGCUUGAUCCGUUCUAACGCGAAUACUUGGUGCGACGGUAGCAGUUGGAGGCAGUUACCCUUUAAAGAUAAACAUGCCACAAAGAGGAUAUCGGGUGAAACACACACAAACGCGUACAUUUAAAUGUGUUACUUUUGUGUACAACAUGUGUGUGUGUGCGUAUAACGAGUGGGUGGAAAACAGUUUUCCGAGUGUGUUUCGACCUUACUGCACCAAUCUGGGACAGCAGCCCCUUCAAAUGUGUCCAAUAUUUUACAAGCAAAUCGCGCUGCCACUUCUAUUGCAACCGUGCUCAACCUUCAAGUACUGUUAGUGAAAUAAUGACUCCAAGAUCGUCUAGCGCAGGGUCGACUUGCUUAAAGUCGGCCCGAGUGUGACUCUUCUGGGACGGUUGUUGUUUUUUUUUCUUCUUUUCUAUGGCCACAUUGUGUGACAUUCCAAUUUCUCAUCAGCUGAACCGGGCGCGUCGAUCGUGCUUUUUUUUUGGUUUGCUUCCUCUCUGUCGCUCACUCUACAUUGCCCCUCGUUUGCAGCAAGAAGUGAGGCAGUGUGUGGUGGUGCGCCAGCCAAAGUGUGACCACGGUAUGUCACGGCUGAUCUUCACGCGAUGUCAUUCGUCUGUGCGCGCCUGCAUUCUGCGUUAAUUAAUGGCCUUUAAACGGCAAAGUAACUUCAUGCGGUUGUUGUUCCCGUUUCGGUUCCUUUCCCCACUUUCUGUGACAACCGUGGCACAACCUCAGCUACUGUAGGCAGCGAACGACGUUGUCGUAGUAACCGGGUAGGUGCAAAGUGACCGAACAUCACUCGCCGGCCCCCUAAUGGACAAUCGGUUCGUAAACCGGCCAACAGGUGAAUUCUCACAAAAAAAUGCUAUCGUUUUACUCGUUUACGGGCGCGCUUUAAACCUUCACAUUUUGGGGACGAGCUUUUGUUUGCCAAACAAACGUUUUGGCUAGCAGCGAUUAGAAAUGUACAAUUAUGCAAACAAAUAGUAACGUAAUUCCUUAUCUCACCGAACAGACCGUCUAGCGCGCGUCUGGUUGAUCAAACACAAUUUGAAUCAUUUCGUUGUGCAUUGCGCAAGAGAUUAUGGAAAUGGAUGUAUUUAUUUAAAGAUAUAAUUUUGAAGUGAUUGUACUUACUUUAUUGCAGGCUUUUUUUUCUUUCGAUUGUAAUAUGUAUACUUUUAUGCAUUUUUGUUAUACAACUUGUGAAUAAUGUUCGUGUAUAAAUGCAUGUGUAAAUGUAUGUAUAUUUACAUGCAAAUAGAAAUAAAACAAUGAGCAUUUAUAUGUAAUUCUUUUCAUUUUAAAUAUAUUCCCAAUAUACAUGACAUCGCACUCGCUUAUCAGUUCUGUAUUGAUUACUUCCGAUUUUACACACAUGGUAAACAGGCAUGGUUAAUCACUUUGGCAACUUUUAAAGUCCGUCUUACAGUGUUGUAGCCAAUGGAAAUGAUCUUUCUGUUUGCUCCCUGCACACCAACCCUUAUCUAAUAUCCAUGUAAUGAUAUCUAAUCCCGUAUGCAAAUAGUGGGCUUUUAUUUACAGCUACCAGUGCAUCUCACGACGCUACACUUUCGAUUUCAUCCAUCAGCGCUUAUCCUUACCCACGACGCUCGCACACGUGCGUAUGUUUACUAAAUUAAUCCCACUACUUGGCCCACUAGUUGGUCGGUGCUGUUGUAACGGGCGUACACCUAACCGUAACACCCCUACUUUUCAUCGCCCGCGAAGAAGUGUUCCCCGAAAUGAGCGGAUGAUUAAUGUGGCCUAUCGAAGGCACUCUGCUAGUCACUGUCUAGAAAACCAAAAGCACGAUCGCACCGAAGGAACGAUCAAAUGAAGCAAAUGUGUGCGCCACUACCGGUCCAAAUGUCGGCAUACAUCUUAUCGUGUUAUUUCGUGAUAGGACGAUUUAAUGCGUCUGUUACGGCCUGUUACGUUCCGACGCCAAACGACGCCACCAUUCCAUCAACCGUGUAUUCUUGCAAUUUUGUACGGGGGAAGAGCAUCUUUUUAAUGUUUGUCGUGUUUUUCUUGCGAUCGUAAACCAUGCUGCUUGUCAUAGCAAUGGCAUUUGACUGGAACCGUCAGUGCCUCAACACAUUUAUGCAAACCAUUAAUUGUUGAGGGUAGAGGUUUCCGUAUUGCGGGCCGUUUUACAGACACUGUGUAUUAGCGGAUGGUUGUCCUCUGCAGAAGCCUAUGAUCGCUUCGGAUGGAUGCAAGAAGGAAAGAGCUGCCAUUAAAUAUGAUGUUUAAACUGUCCAGCAAGAACGAUUCUUAAACAGGCACUGUUUACUGGGAAAGGUUUUAAUAGCUUUUAAAUGAAUGAUCAAGAAGGGAACCACAAUUCUUUAUUUUUCAAAUUCAUCACAAAUCUGUCAUUUCUAAUGAUAAUUGCCAGCCAUAUACAUCGCUUAAUUUCUAAUUAUAUUUCGUAAGCCCUCUCCAUUUGUAUAUUAUUAUUUCGUUUUUGC